UCUUUCUUUCUUUUUGAGACAUGGCCCGGGCAGUGGCUCCUGGAAAAGGAACAAGUGUGGGAAAAGAGAGAGGAAACCGGAGCUAAAUGACAGGAUGCAGGCGACUUGAGACACAAAAAGAGAAGCGUUGCUCUCGGUUCAAGGCAUUGCCUCGCCGCUUUCCUUUCUACAAGACGGACUGAGGAUUUUACAGCUCUAGGCGGAGUUGGAGCGCUUCGGAUCGUUUAGAUUCCCUUCUUUGCUCUGUUUUGCCCGCACGUCCUCAUUCUCCCGAGUCUCCCCGUGGAUCCGGCGAAGGGAGAAUGGAGAGGGGGCUGCCGCUCCUCUGCGCCGCGCUCGCCCUCGCCCUCGCCCUCGCGCCGGCCAGCGCUUUUCGCAACGAUAAAUGUGGCGAUACUAUAAAAAUUGAAAGUCCCGGGUACCUUACAUCUCCUGGUUAUCCUCAUUCUUAUCACCCAAGUGAAAAAUGUGAAUGGCUGAUUCAGGCUCCCGAACCAUACCAGAGAAUUAUGAUCAACUUCAACCCUCACUUUGAUUUGGAGGACCGAGACUGCAAGUAUGACUACGUGGAAGUCAUUGAUGGAGAAAAUGAAAAUGGACGUUUAUGGGGAAAGUUCUGUGGAAAGAUUGCCCCUUCUCCUGUAGUAUCUUCAGGACCAUUUCUUUUUAUCAAAUUUGUCUCUGACUAUGAGACACAUGGUGCAGGAUUUUCAAUACGUUAUGAAAUUUUCAAGAGAGGUCCUGAGUGUUCGCAGAACUACACAACCCCUAGCGGAGUGAUUAAGUCCCCUGGAUUCCCUGAAAAAUAUCCCAACAGCCUUGAAUGCACUUAUAUUAUCUUUGCACCAAAGAUGUCAGAGAUCAUCCUGGAAUUUGAAAGCUUUGACCUAGAGCCUGACUCAAAUCCUCCAGGGGGAAUAUUUUGUCGCUAUGACCGGCUGGAAAUCUGGGAUGGAUUCCCUGAGGUCGGCCCUCACAUUGGCCGUUACUGCGGACAGAAAACACCAGGUCGAAUUCGUUCCUCAUCGGGCAUCCUGUCCAUGGUUUUUUAUACCGACAGCGCCAUAGCAAAGGAAGGCUUCUCGGCCAACUACAGUGUCCUGCAGAGCAGCGUCUCAGAAGAUUUCAAAUGCAUGGAAGCUCUGGGCAUGGAAUCAGGAGAGAUUCAUUCUGAUCAAAUCAUAGCUUCUUCCCAGUAUAGUAUCAACUGGUCUCCAGAACGCUCACGCCUGAAUUACCCUGAGAACGGGUGGACUCCCGGAGAAGAUUCCUACAGAGAGUGGAUACAGGUGGAUUUGGGCUUUCUGCGCUUUGUCACUGCCAUCGGAACACAGGGAGCCAUUUCAAAGGAAACCAAGAAGAAAUACUACGUCAAGACGUACAGAAUAGAUGUCAGCUCCAAUGGGGAGGACUGGAUCACCCUAAAGGAAGGAAAUAGACCUGUUAUCUUUCAGGGAAACACCAACCCCACAGAUGUUGUGUUUGGAAUUUUCCCCAAACCACUGAUAACUCGAUUUGUCCGAAUCAAACCUGUGACGUGGGAAACUGGCAUAUCUUUGAGGUUUGAAGUGUAUGGCUGCAAGAUAACAGAUUACCCUUGCUCCGGAAUGUUGGGCAUGGUAUCUGGACUUAUUUCUGACUCCCAGAUUACAGCGUCAAACCAAGGGGAGAGGAGCUGGAUGCCUGAAAACAUCCGCCUCGUGACCAGUCGCUCUGGCUGGGUACUGCCGCCCGGACCUCAGUCAUACAUAAAUGAGUGGCUCCAAGUGGACCUGGGAGAGGAGAAGAUUGUGAGGGGCAUCAUCAUCCAGGGUGGGAAACACCGGGAGAAUAAGGUGUCCAUGAGGAAAUUCAAGAUCGGGUAUAGCAACAAUGGCUCGGACUGGAAAAUGAUCAUGGAUGACAGCAAGCGCAAGGCUAAGUCUUUUGAAGGCAACAGCAACUAUGAUACACCUGAGCUACGAACUUUUCCACCUCUUCCCACACGAUUCAUCAGGAUCUACCCUGAGAGAGCCACUCAUGGUGGCCUAGGACUAAGAAUGGAGCUACUGGGCUGUGAAGUGGAAGCACCUACAGCUGGACCGACCACUCCCAAUGGGAACCUAGUGGAUGAGUGUGACGAUGACCAGGCCAACUGCCACAGCGGAACAGGUGAUGACUUCCAGCUCACAGGUGGUACCACUGUGCUGACCACAGAAAAGCCAACCAUGAUAGACAGCACAAUACAAUCAGAAUUUCCAACAUAUGGUUUUAACUGCGAAUUUGGCUGGGGUUCUCACAAGACGUUCUGUCACUGGGAACAUGACAGUCACGUGCAACUCAAGUGGAGUGUGUUGACCAGCAAAACAGGACCGAUUCAAGAUCACACAGCAGGAGAUGGCAACUUCAUCUACUCCCAAGCCGAUGAAAACCAGAAGGGCAAAGUGGCUCGCCUGGUGAGCCCUGUGGUGUAUUCCCAGAACUCCGCCCACUGCAUGACCUUCUGGUACCACAUGUCUGGUUCUCAUGUGGGCACGCUGAGGGUCAAACUGCGCUACCAGAAGCCAGAGGAGUAUGACCAGCUGGUCUGGAUGGCCAUUGGACACCAAGGAGACCACUGGAAGGAAGGGCGUGUCCUGCUCCACAAGUCUCUGAAACUUUACCAGGUGAUUUUCGAGGGCGAAAUCGGAAAAGGAAACCUUGGUGGGAUUGCAGUGGAUGACAUCAGUAUUAAUAACCACAUUUCACAAGAGGACUGCAUGAGACCGGCAGACCUGGAUAAAAAGAACCCGGAAAAUAAAAUAGAUGAAACAGGGAGCACCCCAGGAUACGAGGGCACUGGAGAAGGUGACGAGAACAUCUCCAGGAAGCCAGGCAACGUGCUGAAGACCUUGGACCCCAUCCUCAUCACCAUCAUAGCCAUGAGCGCCCUGGGUGUCCUCCUGGGUGCUGUCUGUGGGGUCGUGCUGUAUUGUGCGUGUUGGCAUAACGGGAUGUCAGAAAGAAACUUAUCUGCCCUGGAGAACUAUAACUUUGAACUUGUGGAUGGUGUGAAGUUGAAAAAAGACAAGCUGAACACACAGAGUACUUAUUCGGAGGCAUGAAGGCAGACAGAUGAGAAGAUGAGAAUCAAGGUGGAAGGACAUAACUUGCGUGUGUUGAUCUUCUUUCACUGUACAGGCUGGGAAAUGCGUUGAUGACGCUGAGCCAGGCUUUUCUCAGGAGCUUCAAUGAGCAUGGCCGACAGACAUGAACGCGUUAGCUGCGUUAACAGUUGGGAUCAUGUAUAGUCGGCUUUUUCCUGUUGGUUUAAUUUGAAUAAUCAAAUGCUGGUGUUGAGACCAAGUAUGAUUGACUUAAUAAUUCAUUUUGACUUCCCCUCCCUUUCUCUCUCCUCUUCCUUAUAUGGAUUCUUUUCGGAAACUGUGCAAAAUCCAAGAUGCUGGCACCAAGUGUAUUCGGUGGGGCCCUUCUGACGGACACGCUGCCUGUAGCCCAGUGCCCAGAGUAUAUUAGAAUAGCCGCACUCCAGUGGACUCCUGAAGCUGUGCCUGUGUAUAAUUGCCCGCGUCGUUCAUAGGCGAAGAAGGAUUAGGAUGUUUUACUUUAAAGUCCUGUAGCCUCAGUACCAGUAUAGUGUGUCAGCUCUGUUUACGAAGCAAUACCGUCAAAUUUUCUUGAUGUUUUCCAGUGUUGUACUAAACCUCGUGCUUGUGAACUCCAUACAGAAAACUGUGCCAUCACCAAACACUGCUGACAACUGGGUGUGCUGUCGACAACCACAUUGAAAACCCCUUGGCACUGGCUAGUCCAUGUCCUCUCAAGUGCCUUUUUGUUUGUACCGGUUCUCAUUAUGUUACAUUAAUGACCUGCUCUGUUCCUCGCUGGUGAAAGCCCUACUCUCUAAUCAAACCCUGGUGGCCCACUGACUAAGGAGAAAUUAUAUUUUAGUGUGAUACGUCAGCCCCCGGGAAGGCAAGGGCUCCGAAGAUUUGGCAAUGUGGCUUAAUCGUUCUGCUUUUUCUGUAGUUCUAUUUCAUGUCUCUUGAUCCUUUUGUAUAAAGCUGCAAUAUUCUCUCCUCUCGUUCUUUCAUAUGGAAUGUAUUUUCAAAUGUAAACUCUUUCUCUCCUAUCUCUCUGUCCUUUUUCUCUCUUAGAAUUUAAGCAUCUGCCAUUGUCCAGAAAAAAAAAAACUUGCAGCUUUAACCUGCUGGUAAUGGCAAAGAAUUUUACUAGACUUUAUGUUUCAAAAUAAAUAAGGGAAAUUCCUAACUCUGCCCUCCAAAGUCUAACUUUGGUUUUCUUGUUAACUGGUUAAAGUGACAGUAUCUUUUUUCCUUAAGCCAUUUGUCUGUCUAAUUCACUCAAAACGAUCUUUGAUAGAAAUAUUUGUAUUCAAUGGAAAUAAUAAGUUGGAAGAAGAAAUAAUAUUAAUUGGCUUUCAAGUGAGACCAAAAGGAAGGACUAAAUACUCUUCUGCAAAUAUCCACAAACAUGAGAUUUUUACAUCCAUAUAUGCAAAAAAUGACCCCAUGAGAACCUUCUUGUUUUGGUAUUGAGUCAGACAAAGGAAGUGGAAGAAAGGACAGUUAAUUUAAGAAAGCAACUAUAAAUCUGGUGCCUGGCGAUAAAGUAUUUUCAGAUAAGGAGUAGGGGGAGGGACUAGUAAAGUCAAAACAAUGUUUUUAAAAAUCCAUUCAGCAGCAACCCUGAAAAAACAGAGACCUGAAUAAAUGCUUCUAGAAACUUCCAGUUGCUUACAAAGAAAAAGCCUGCCUUGGGUCUGGUAAGACCUAAGCCUCUAACAGCUCAGAGAAGUAAAUAUUUUAUCAGACAGCAUGUGAAUUAAUCCAAAGAAGCUUUAGUUGUUUUCAGUCUAUUUGUGUCAUGCCAUGUUGUACAUAAGAACUUUUAGAUUUUUCUCCCUUCCUGCAUUGCGAUAGGUCUCACUCAGAUACAUUUGUGGGAGUCACAUUUGCAUCAUGGAGAAGACAGUCCAUUCAUCUUGGUUUAAUUGGAUUGAGAAUGUCUUUCGUUUCCAGGAAUGUAUUGAUCAAUUUGAAAGAAGAAUAGACUUUUGUCCACAGAGGCAUUCAUUCACUUGUUGUAAUCACACAAGGACAAAAGCGCUAAGACUUGAUUUUUUCUCUUAAGGCAAUGGACUUAAAGUUGUCCUCAGCCAAGGAAAAAUGAUACUGAAACUUUAAAAAUUUAAAGUAUCUUGCACUGAUAAAUAUAUUUAAAAAUUAUAUGUUUAUAAAGUUAUUAAUUUGUAAAGGCAGUGUUACAAAAUGUUUAGUUUAUAUUGUUUUAGAUUGUUUCGUAAUUUUUAAAGGUGUAAAAUAACAUAUUUUUUUCUUUAUUGAAAUCUAUAAAACUUCCUGUAGUAAAAUGUUUUCAUUUUACUGGUAUAUUAUUGCUUCAUGUUUUGUACCAUCAUAAAAUUUUGUGCAAAUUUUUUUUACAGAAAUUUUUAUUUUCUAUGACAAUAUGACACUUGUAAAUUGUUGUUUCAAAAUGAACAGCGAAGCCUUAACUUUAAAUGACAUUUGUAUUCUCAGACACUGAGUAGCAUAAAAACCACAUAGAACUGAACUGUAACUUAAAUUCCAAACUAUGACUACUACAUUCCAAAGAAACAGUUGAAUUAAACAUUUUCAUAAAAUAUCCCAAA